GCGAAUUGGCUUGAAGAAGAAAGACAGCCUAUUUCCCUGCAUCUGCAAAAAGGGCGGUGAGCCUCACGAAGUCAGACAUCUCUCUUCCAUCUUGUGCCCACUCCUACAGCCCCAAAAGUGAGCCUGUAAACUGUGAGUGAUUAGGUACGGGGUACAGAGGACUGUCUUCUCACAAACUGAUCGGCCAUGGCUUCUGGUGGAAUAGAUGAACCAGGCGAAGGAGCUGAGUGGCAUGUUGAUGAGGAGCAACUGAGGAAUGAGACAGAGACUGUUUUCGUCAGUUAUGCAUACCAUUUGUGUCAGAUUGAAAGAACAGAAAAUGAGGACACUGUUUCGAUAGAAAAUGAAAUACAGGAGGCGGCAAGCCAACCAAACAGCAUGCUGGACAAUGUUGGACGGAAGUUAGCCAUCAUUGGAGAUGAAGUUUGUGAACGCUAUGAGAAAGAGUUUGAUGACAUGCUGCAAAAUCUAAAUCCCAAUCUUGACAAUGCAUAUCAUUACUUCAAAAAGAUUGCAUCAGGCAUUUUCGAGACUGGCAUCAAUUGGGGAAGAAUUGUAACACUCCUCUGCUUCGGUUACCGAAUGGCAGUUUAUGUUUUCCGUAAUGGGCAUAGUGGAUUUUUCAGGACAAUUGCUCAAUGUGUGGCUAGAUAUGUGGUUGAAAGCCGCAUUGCACGUUGGAUAGUAAGAGAAGGAGGAUGGGUGGCAGCACUUAAAGUUACAAAUGAGUAUUUCAAGUAUAUUUUUAUUGCACUGGGAGCUGCUCUGACUCUACAGUUCCUGCUUCGACAUUUAUCCUGAUCACUUCCUGCAAAAUGUCCUCUCCAUUA